UCUCUCUCUCUCUCCCCCCCACUCUCUCUCUCUCUCUCUCUCUCUCUCUGUCAGUUCGCAAAUGCAGAGGGGCGACGGCUCUCAAGAAGCGGAGCAAGAACCGGCGACUGCCGGGACCGUCGUCACGGCCCACCAUGAGUCGGUGCCGGCCGGCCUGACCUGGGACGAGUUCAACGAGCUGGUGCCGGUCGUGAGGGAGCUGCACACCUACAGGCUAACCCCCGGGCGGUGUUCCUCCCUGCUUGCCCAGAGGAUCCACGCGCCACGCGCCACCGUCUGGUCCAUCGUCCGCCGCUUCGACCGGCCUCAGGUCUACAAGCACUUCAUCAAGAGCUGCUCCGUCGGCGACGACUUCACAUUGACCGCCGGAUGCACCCGGUACGUGAGCGUGAUAACGGGCCUGCCAGCGGAGACGUCGACGGAGAGGCUAGACAUGCUGGACGACGAGCGGCACAUCACGGGGUUCAGCAUCAUCGGGGGCGAGCACAGGCUGAGGAACUACAGGUCCGUGACGUCGGUCCACGAGAUCCAUCGCGACGGCAAGGUCUGGACCGUCGUGCUUGAGUCAUACGUGGUGGACGUGCCGGGGGGCAACACUGAGGAGGACACCCGGCUGUUCGCUGACACGGUCGUGAAGCUGAACCUGCAGAAGCUCGCCGCCAUCGCAGAAGGGCUGGCACGUGACGCGGCUCAUAGUAAUAAUAACAACUCCUCGACCGACCGGUGAAGUCGUCACAGGUUUGUCAUGACCUGCAAGAAAAAAAGAAAAAAGUACAGCAGGGUCCAAUCCAAUGAAUGAAGAUACUAAUACAAAACUUUUGUUGCUCGGUUAGAUUUCGGUAUCUCUGAAUAGUUCGACAUCCGAACGAAACUGAUCUAUCGAAUCAUCGGAAACGGUAAGGAACAUUGAAUGGGGGAGUAGAAUAGAUUUCAGGAGUGAGCUAGCGAGGGUGGGUUUGAAAUUGAAUAGCGCAAAGAAGAGCAUCUUAUCUUUCUCUUUCUCUUUUGGUUUGUACAUGUGAAAACCUGUGGGCUGAGAGAUACUUGGGAGGCGGUGACACGGGCGGGGGAAGAGGGGGGAAUUUUGUGAUUGUGGACACAAGACAAGGGCAGUUCAGUCAAUGCAUGUGUACAUAUAAAUGCUUUUUUUUUAUUACAAUGGAGGUACAUGCGCCUAGUAUAUUGAAAUAAAAGGGCAAAGACAGUACAGUCCCACUGAGUAUCGAAUCCAUGACCUCUUGAUCACCAGACGAGAAGUGCGCCACUACGCUAUAUCUAUCUGCUUGCUUUGUUUUGAGUUGAAUGAAUUUUUCCUUCUUUUUUUUUCAGGAGAAUUGUUUAGUAUUUGGAUUUUAUUGAUUUGGAAAUUGGAAUGCUUGGGUUUGGAGGGGCAUUAAUUUCACAUGCAAUUGUCAAAUCUUUGCGGCUGUUCUUCUUUUUCCUUAACAACUUGCAUGUUUCUUUUUGUGGAAAUGAGGUCGAGUGACUGUGUAGAAGGAACAUAAAUAUAAAUUUUCUUGCAUA